AUGGGCUUUGCAUCUGGCCAGCUCCUCACGUACUUGGGAAAUGCCUACAGGUCCAAGAGACGCACAGGGUAUGACCGGCUGGAUCGUCGAGAUCAGGCGGACCCUGUGCCGGAGGACCCUCCGACGAUCUCACUUUGGGAGCGUGUGGCACUACACCUUCUUCCGGCAUGUCUGAUGACUUUCAUGGUGGCAACGCACCGACUUGACAUCCAGAAAGGCAUUUGCUGGGAAGCCUAUGUGAUUUGGGCCUCGGUCAUGCUGAGCAGAGCCAUCCUCCAAGCUGCAUACUUCACCAUAUCCCUGCCUGCCGAAAGCUACGUACCUGAAUUUGGAAAGCCUGUCAUUGAAGGAAUUCUCCCAAUUGUGGGUGAAACCCUCGAUAUCUUCAAGGAUUGGAUGUUUGUUGGUAUAGCAGUCCACACCCAAACCCUGCUUGGAUGCAUGUUUGCGUACGCUGGACUGGUGAUACUGCUGCUCUCGAAUGUUUGGCUGCUUUGGUACCACGCAGAAGCCUCGGCAAGUUAUUUGCUUCCUGUGCACGCCGCUUGCAAGACAACAAAGGAGCCCUUCUUCGUGAAGCAUACAUCGCCAGCAAAGCUGGCCAUUGCACUUACCGAAGAUUUGCCCCAAGCUGUUAUGCAGUCAGCCUUUGUAGUUUUCUUCGGUGGCAGUCCGACCCAGUUUUUGUUUAUCGGGGUCAGCUUGACCAAGAUCAUUCUUUGCUUUAGCCUGCGGGCGGUGGCUCUUGAGAGGGAGAAUCGCCAUGGUGAGUCCUGGCUAGCUUCAGUGGACUACUACAAUAAGAAGAUCGCUGUUUCUAGAUUCUUCCUUGGUGACACAGAUGAAUGGGUUUUGAAAGAAAAAUAA